AUGGAUGAUGCAAAAAUUUUGUUGAUAUUGUGUUUGGCUGCAGCCAGUGGCUGUGGGGAGAAUCUCUACAUGGCUAGCUUCAAGAACUCCUAGUCCAACGCCAUCCGGGCCUGGUACAGCGAGGUAGCCAACUUCCUCUACGGAGUCGGAUCCAUUAACGGAGGAGUGGUGGGACACUAUACACAGGUUGUUUGGGCCACCUCCAAAAAUACUGGCUGUGCUAUGGCCUACUGCUCCAACUCCACAUACAAAUACUUCUAUGUCUGCCACUACUGCCCACAUUAUUUUGCCUGCUUUGCAGAGGAAACUACAAUUUCACUAAUCCCUACAACUCAGGAACAUCCUGCAGUGACUGUCCCAGCGCCUGUUACAACAAACUCUGCACCAAACUGUAAUGACUAGCAAAGCAUCCGUCCCAAGACUCAGCAGCGGUGGGGCUGCAGCCACAGUGAUGUGGCCUCCUGGAGUCCCACCUCCUGCAGAUGCACCGAUCAGAUUAUCUUAAAGUCACAGAUGUACUCUGACUCACCCGUCAGUUUCAACAAAGACACUAACUGCAUAAAUCUGUGUUGUUAUUCUGCUGGUUAUUAACCCAGCAUAAAAGGUGAGACCUCUUUGUGCUACAGGCGGAAGCAGAAGAGUCUGGUUUGUAACUCCUGGCUGUUGGAGCUGCUCAGUAAUUAGCAGAGGUCAAAAGGGAAAUGUGCUUUGGCACAGUAACCCUUUGAACAAACACAGCCUGCAGGGGCAGGUAUCCUUUGACAAUUUGUGAGGUGCAAACUCACAGAGAGGAAGGAUAGCAGAUAUGACAGGGUUAUUUCACAGAGGUGGGGAGGAAAGAAAAAUAAAGCUGUAUACAGUUUGUUAUCGAGACCACUUGUUACCUCAAAAUGUGUAAAAUAAAUAUCCUCUUCAAAAAUGGAGAAAAAUAAAACUUCUAAUUCAAGCACAUUUAAUUAAUGAAACAAUGCCACUCUUGUCUCUUUCAGCAACAAGCAAAUCUCAAGUUUCCUCUCCGCAUUUUAAUUGUUUUCAUUCUCAUUCAUAAAAUAAUCCAUCCAAACUUCAACAUUAUAUUUCCUAUUACCACAUGGUAAAACACACUGCCAUUGUAUUGAAAUUAACCCGCUUUCCAUGCGAUAACAGAUGUCUCCCAUUUAAAAAUAAACACUUGCCCUGAGUUUUUGCAGCACCGCCAUGCUUGCCAAAAAAGUCUCUCUUCACCUAUUGCAGUUAAACAUUAUCCAAAUUUCCUUUUUCUGCCUUAAUGAGAACAGCACCUGCUGAGAGUGGACAGAGUAGCUGAGUUGGAGCAGAGGGGAGAUAAGGCGGAUGAGUUUUUUCGUCUGCCAGCGGGUCCGGCGAUAGCAAAGGUCCUCUGGUUUGGUCGGUCUCGAUAAGGCCAGUCUUGCCAUCCUGUGGGGCUUAUCAUGUGCAGCAGCAAGCCUCAACAGUUAGUCCCAGAGCCAGAAACUGUUUAUGAGACUGGCGUCAGCUAGGCGUCCCUAACAGUUUUUUUCUGUUGCUGUUAUUGUUUAAAAUUGCAAAAAUAAUGACAUGUUUAUUCAAUAUUUUAGUUUUCAUAACACCAACAGUGUUACCCAUUUAAUUCCUGCAGCAAAUACUGGCUUAUUUUUGAAGUAUCUCCAUUUAAACUCAAGUUAAAUGUAAAGAUGGAGCUCUGCUGCAACCUAGGGGAUCUAGAUACUAAGCAGACUAGUUAUAUUAAACUAAUUUUAAGAAAGACAGAAGCAAAAAAAAAAAAGUAGAUGGAAGCAAACAUAAAGAAGUUUAAUAAGUUGUUGGUAGCUCUAAAAAGGCAUUUCCACAGGCAGGAAGACACAGACAGAUCAGUUACAUCAGAAUGCCCAGACUGAAGACAGUUAAUUUAGUCUAUGCUGUUAUCUCACAACAUCACCGUCCCCUCGGAUCGGAAACAGGAAGCCAAAAGAAAAAGAGCUGCGUCUCGAUGGAACCCAACAAACAUUUCAGGCCUCAAUGCAGCAAAAUCUAAAUGAUGAAUGUCUUCAGCUCAGAUUACGUUUGUUAUGAUAUUACAUGAAACUAACUAUCAAAGUUAGAGCUUGUUUCUACUAAAAAUGCAAAAGCUUUUUCAAAAAUGACUGGAAUAUGAAUAGAAAAAUAAAAACAGCCUUUAUUCUAUGACAAAAGGGAAUUUCAGGUGUAAUAGCAGCAUAACACAAAAACAAAACGUUCUGAAGGUGUUUAAUAUGAUAUAUAAAAAACAAGAUUAACAAUAACAACAAUAGAAUUUUUCUUUAGAUUUUUUCUACAUCUUUUAUGAACACAAACGUGAAUGCAUAUUACUGGGAUUUUAUGUAAUUAAUCAAUAAUAAAGGAAAGCUAUUCUGUG